AUGGCCGAACCGGUACCAGAACUGCCGUGGAUUAGUACGGAUUACUUCGUGCGCGUACUGGAAGCGUAUCUGCACGCGGACGUAACCGUCCAGCGGUACGAACUGGCCGCCGGAUGUGCCGGUGGGCAGAACUUUAUGAGUGCGAUCGUGCGGGCCACGGUGCACUACACACUCGGAUCUGCGCCGGAAGCAACCCGGCCGGAUUCGGUUUCCCUGAUACUCAAAACCAAGCUAUCCAAUGCCGAGCUAGCGCAGGACGCGGACCUGCUGAAUGUGUUCGGUAUCGAGAAGUGCGUGUACGGGCCGGUACUGAAGGCCGUCCGGGAGCUGCUAACCAGCUUCGGCGACUGCACGCAGUUCGCACCCCGGCUGAUCUAUGAAGAUGACCAUGCGCUAGUACUGGAGGACCUAGCGGUGAAGGGAUUUCGGCAACCGGAUCGAACGGCGCGGCUAGAUCUGGCCCAUCUGCGGGUGAUCGUGACAAAGUUAGCCAAGUUCCACGCCGCUACAGCGGUCCUAGAACGAAAGGUAGAUUCCGGACGUAAAUCUUCCAAUCGUGAGUUGUUCAGCAUGCUCGCUAAUAGCAUGUUCACGAGUGAGGACAAUCCGGUCCAUCUGUUCUACGCCAACGCCAUUCAGCAUUGCAUCGAGCAAACAGAGCGAGUCCCCCAGCUGGCUCAGUACUCCGGCUUCCUCCGGAACUUCCUCCAGUCGGCCAUCGAGCGUGAGUCGAAGAGCUACGAGCGUACGGCGGGAGGGUUCAAUGUGCUCAAUCAUGGUGAUAUGUGGUUAAACAAUUUGCUGUGGAAGUAUGAUGCGGAAGGUUCCGUGGAAGACGUCAUAAUGGUGGACUAUCAGGAGAGCUUCUUCGGCUCGCCAGCGUUCGACUUGACGCACCUUCUGCACUCCUCGGCCAACACCGCAAUUCAGCGUGCUGGUUUCGACGAACUCUUGCAGCUGUACACGGACGAGCUGCGGAACGCACUCCGGCAAUUUAAGUACGAUGGGCCACUGCCUGAUCUCGCCCAUAUGCAGGCGGAAGUGACCGCCAAACGCGAUCAUGCGUUGAUCGUGACGACAUGCAUUGUACCAGCGCUUAUAACGACAGAGACCGAGUUGGCAACACCGGAGAACAUGCUCGGCGAUGACGAACAGGCCGUCCGGGCGAGACAACUUAUUUUCAGCAAUCCGGCAUUUAUCGAAGUCCUAGAGGUUUUGCUUCCCAGGCUCGCCAUCGGGGACGGUGCGGCUAGUGGGUGAUCGAGCGAUCCUUAAUCGGUCCACCAUCAUCGCCAAGCCGCCUACAGAUGUGUUCGGAAGGGUAUUAAAUUGUACGCAGUAUUUCCAAUGGGUCAUGUACCUCACCGGCCGUGUGGACUGCACUUUGCAGUUCCAGCAGCUCUAGCACAACCAAAGUAA